AAAUUUAAUUUAGAAAAAUAAAAACAAACAUCAUCAUCUUUAAUUUUUAUAUUUCACUAAUUUUAAUUAUAUAAAUUUGCCGAAUAUUUGGAAAAUCACAUUGAUGUUUAGAUUUUUAGGAUUAAUCUAGUGCCAUAAACCUAUUAUAAUUUACCAUUGCAAUAAUGGAUCGAUUUGAAUAUAUUGACGCCCGCUUAUUUGAGGGAGAAAGUUAUAUUAAACGAGAUAAAAAUGUUAAAAUCUACGAUGGUGACGAUAAGACCCAAUUCACGGAUGGAGAAGUAGUUUUAACAACCCAUAGAAUAUUAUGGGGAAAACCUGGCGAUAUACCAAAAGGACUUGUAUGUCUAUCACUUCAUUUAUACUAUGUAUUUUGUUUGGAAGAAGAGAGUGGUGGAGUAUUUGGCCUGGGUGGACCCAAAAGGAUAAUAUUGCACCUUGGACCGGCGCUCCCUGGUAAAAGACCUGGGCCAGCAGUAGUCAGUCCUUAUCAUUUUGUGAAAUUCUCCUUCAAAGACGGCAUUGAUGCUACUUUUUACAAAGCUUUAAGUGAUGCAGUAUCUGCCAAAGCAUGGGAAGGGCCUAGUCCAGCAAUAUCACCAGUGUCUUCAACUAGUCCUACCUCAUCCUCAAAACCAGUGACUCCUAUUAAUUCUAAGAUCAGAUCUGGUAUAGUUGGAAUUGAAAGAAGUAUAGAGGAACAACAUAGAGUGACUGAUGAAAGUAUCACAGUAGCAUUCCAAGAUCUAACUAAACUAAUGACGAAAGCAAAAGACAUGGUAGCACUAUCAAAGAAUAUAUCAGCUAAAAUAAGGGAAAAGCAGGGAGAUAUUUCAGAAGAUGACACAGUUAGAUUUAAAUCUUAUCUAAUGAGUCUUGGUAUUGAUGAUCCAGUAACCAGAGACACUUUUAGAUCUGAUUCCGAAUAUUACAUGGAACUCUCCCAGCAGAUAUCAGACAUGAUAGUGGCUGUAUUAAUGGACUGUGGAGGUAUAAUGUCUUUAGCAGAUGUGUGGUGCAGAGUGAACAGAGCCAGAGGUUUAGAACUUAUAUCCCCUGAAGAUCUUUUAAAUGCUUGCAAAUUAUUGCAGAGAAUCGGAGCUCCUAUGUCAAUGAGAAAAUUUCCUAGUGGAGCAUGUGUACUACAAUUAAACAACCAUAGAGAUGAGGAGGUGGCAAAGGAUACAAGCAAGCUGAUUGAAGAAAAUGGUUUUCUAACCCCAGUGAAACUGUCUCAAAUGGCCAGUGUAUCCAUUUUACUAGCUCGAGAACGGCUAUUUACUACCGAGCGCCUUGGUCUGGCGUGUCGAGAUGAAUCUAUAGAAGGACUAGCAUUCUACCCAAACUUAUUUUUAAAACCUAUGUCAUAGAUAUAUUUUUUAAGUGUAUCCGAAAAAAUAAAUUAUAUAUACGAUAAACAUUGAUAUAUUAAAGUAUGAAAUGAUUUAUUUAGCAAUUCUUCCAUUAUCCGCAAAAACGACAUAUAUCUGUUCUAUCAAUAUUUAUUAGUGAAUAACAAUAUCAUCCCAUCAAAAUCCUCAUAGGUUUCUUGAAAAAUAUUCAGUUACUUUAGAAUUAAUCAUAAAAAUGCUGAUCUGCUGAGCAAGGACUGCUAGCUCUUUAAUACCCUGCUCGGUUGAUUAGCGAAUUUACGUGUAAUUAGUCUCAAGUCAAACAGAUUAAAGUUUAUUUUACUUAACUUUAAUGAUGUUCAUCAUUAUUUAUUAGUUUAUUUUGAUAGAU